AUGUUCAGAUAUUUUAUUGUCCUGGCGGUGUUGGUGGCCACUAAUAUUGCUAAAGAAGUAACAGAUAUUGAAGCCUUAGCAUCUUUACCAACAAGAUGUACCUACGCAUAUGCUUAUGAGAUGUAUGGCGCACAUUGUGCAGGCUUAAGACUCAAUAAAAUACCCAGUCUCAAAGGAGGAAUUGAGAUUCUCGAUUUUAGCGACAAUAAGCUUCAAGAAAUACAUGCGGACACUUUGUCGUAUUACACAAGCAUUAAAUUUUUAUACCUAUCGGAAAAUCAGAUCUACUCAAUAGAUAAAGACGCGUUUGCGUACUUAACAGAUUUACAAACUUUAGAUCUCUCGAAAAAUGUAAUAUUCCAACUUCCCGAAACAAUUUUCCAGUUGCCUUCGUUACGUAAAUUGUAUUUAAACGGCAACCCGUUAUUGCACUUAAGCUUAAACAGUAUGGAAAUAAGAAAACCUAUAAAGGCUCCUCUAGAACUGUUAGAUCUAUCUGAUUGUAAAAUAAAAACACUACCGGACCUGGGUGUUCUGCCACAAUUGGUGCUAUACAACAUUUCCCACAACCCACUAACCACUUUAGAUGUGCACAUUUUAAGUUCUAUGUGCAAGCUUGCUAAACUGGACUUAACGGAGUCAAUUGACGCAAUCAAACUCUGUGAUUUAAAAUUAAGCGUCAAGUGGUUCCAAGAAAAACAAAUUUAUUUUCAAUUAAGUGAUUACACGAGGUUAAAUUCCAGAGUCUCAAUGAGUUUGCCCGCCGUCACCAAAAUCAUUCAGGAGAUCAAACUAUUGUCAGCAGCAUCACUUACGUGGGUAUACCGGAACACAAUUUGGGAGAUUAGAUGGGAGAUA